AUGGCGGACCAGAAAUUGGACCUGAUGUCCGCCAAGAAAGAGUUGGUGGUGGCGGUGAGAGAGUGCCGGGACAGGGGCCUGGUGCAGACCGCCAAGUGGCUGACGGAACAGUCAGCCGCCCUGAAGCCCCUCGGACCCGGGGAGUUUCCCGCUUUUCCUGCAGACGACCCGGACUUCUUACAGGAGUAUGAUGCCUACAAUGUGGCGCGGUCCUACUACGACAUACGUGAGUACGACCGCGCUGCCCACGUGUUACGGGACUGUACGAGUCGGAAGGCAUACUUCCUCUGCAUGUACGCACGUUACAUGGGCGGGGAGAAGAGACGAGGGGACGCCAUGGCCGACAGCCUCGGUCCACUGAAGGCUGGACAGGACCAGUGUGGUUGGCUGCGGACCCUGCGUGAGGAGCUGCAGCAGAAGGAGAGUGAUCUGGACGGGUACGGGCUGUACCUGUACGGUGUGGUGCUGCGGAGGCUGGGGCUACAACAGGAGGCCGUCACCGCUCUUCUGUCUGCCAUCAACAAGGAGCCACUCCACUGGGGAGCCUGGCUGGAGCUCGCCAUGCUCAUAAAUGACAAAGCUAACCUGGUGGCCCUUUCCCUGCCCAACCACUGGAUGAAGCAGUUCUUCAUGGCCCACUGCUACCUGGAGCUGCAGAUGAAUGAAGACGCCCUGACACAGCUACAAGGCCUGGCAGACAAGGGGUUCUCUCUCAGCACAUGGGUGAAAGCUCAGACUGCUAAUGCCUACCAUAACAUGAGACAGGUGGAGCCUGCAGUUGACCUGUUGAAGCAGUUACAUGCAGAGGACCCCUACAGACUGGACAACAUGGACACCCUCUCCAACCUGCUGUAUGUUAAGGAGAUGAGGGCGGAGCUUAGCCACCUGGCACACUCCGUCUGUCAGGUCGACAAGUUCAGGGUGGAGACAUGCUGUGUCAUCGGGAACUACUACAGUCUGCGAGGCCAGCAUGAGAAGGCAGUGUUGUACUUCCAACGAGCACUCAAACUGAACCCUAACUACCUGUCAGCCUGGACACUGAUGGGGCACGAGUACAUGGAGAUGAAAAACACUUCAGCAGCCAUACAGGCUUACAGACAUGCUAUUGAAGUAAAUCGUCGGGACUACAGAGCAUGGUAUGGACUGGGUCAAACUUACGAGAUCCUGAAAAUGCCCUUCUACUGUCUGUACUAUUACAGGCAGGCUCACCAGUUGCGACCAAACGACUCUCGGAUGCUGAUGGCGUUGGGCGAGUGUUACGAGAAACUGGAACGGAUCUUGGAGGCCAUCAAGUGCUACUGGCGUGCAUACUCCGUGGUGGACCAGGAGGGCAUGGCGCUGGUCAAACUGGCAAAGUUACACGAACAAAUCAAGGAAGAUCAGCAGGCAGCAGCUUUCUAUACGGCUUUUGUGCAACAGUCUGAGAUGAUGGGAACUGUGGAUGUAGAGGAGCAGUGUCAGGCCUACCGCUACCUGGCUAACCACUAUCUCAAGCACAAGGACCUGGACCAGGCCACCUUCUACGCUCGCCGAUGCUGUGACUUUGCCAGCACGAGGGAGGAGGGGAAGUCGUUGUUACAGCAGAUUUCAGGCCUGAGGUCCAGCCAGGGAGACGACAGCAGUCUGUCACAGAGCAUCGCUGAGCCGCGACCUGCCAUUACACCAGUCACCGCCACCCCCACCAGCAGUGUCCCUCCUAUGAACUUAACCUUUACCUCAUAAAUUGAAGUGAUAUCAGAUCUUGUAUUUCACGUACCCGUAAUUCAUAUUUUGCAGAUUGUAAAA